AUGCACUUCGGCGACAGCCCUGGCGGCUCGCUCUGGGCAGCGCCGCCGCCGGCCUGGAACAGGAGCCAGGGGUGGCUCAGAGAAGCGAAGCCAAGCGCCAGCGCCGGCAGUAGCGCGGCGCCGCCGUUGGCCGCAGGCCACGCCAACGGGAGCAGCAACCGCUACGGGCGGAACGAAGAGCUGGCCAAGCUGGAGAUCGCGGUGCUGGCCGUGACGUUUGCCCUGGCCUUGCUGGGCAACUCCUUCGUGCUGCUGGCGCUGCACCGCACGCCGCGCAAGAAGGCGUCGCGCAUGCACCUGUUCAUCCGCCACCUGAGCCUGGCCGACCUGGCCGUGGCUUUCUUCCAGAUCCUGCCACAACUCUGUUGGGAGGUGACGCACCGCUUCUACGGGCCCGACGGGCUGUGCCGCGUGGUGAAGCACCUGCAGGUCUUCGGCAUGUUCGCCUCGGCGUACAUGCUGGUGGUGAUGACGGCCGACCGCUACAUCGCCGUGUGCCACCCGCUCAAGACGCUGCAGCAGCCCUCGAAGCGCUCGCGCUGCAUGAUCGCGACGGCCUGGGCGCUCAGCCUCGUGCUCAGCGUGCCGCAGUAUUUCAUCUUCUCGCUCAGCGAGGUGGAGAGCGGCUCGCAGGUCUACGACUGCUGGGCGCACUUCAUCAUGCCCUGGGGGCCCCCCGCCUACGUCACCUGGAUCACCGGCAGCAUCUUCGUGGGGCCCGUGCUCAUCCUGGCCACAUGCUACGGCUUCAUCUGCUACCACAUCUGGAGCAACGCGCGGGACAAGGCUCGGUGGCCCAGGGGGCAGCGCCUUCCACCGCGAGGGGGUGCCCUCCGAAAGGGGCUGCUCCUCACGCCGUGUGUCAGUAGCGUCAAGAACAUCUCCCGCGCCAAGAUCCGCACGGUCAAGAUGACCCUGGUGAUCAUUUCGGCGUACAUCGUUUGCUGGGCACCCUUCUUCACCGUCCAGAUGAGAGCUGUCUGGGAGGAGCAGUCCUCCUGGCAUGAGUCCGAGAACAUUUUAACUACAGUCACUGCUCUUCUGGCCUGCUUGAACAGUUGUUGCAACCCAUGGAUCUACAUGUUCUUUAGUGGGCACCUUCUCCAAGACUUCAUACGCAGCUUCCUGUGGUGUCAAAAAAUGGAACAAAGGCUGAACAAGGAUGAUUCUGAGACUAUCAGCAGGAGGCAGACUUUGUACACUAAUAACAGAAGUCCAACAAACAGUUUGGAUACAGGAAGAGAAUCUCCAAAUAUAUCGCAGUCUAUACAUUCAUCCCCAUUUCUUCCUGAACCAUUGAUUUAA